CUGCCUUUCGCCGCGCAGCCUUGCGCCCUCUCCGAAGCAGCAUCACUCUCCCUGUCGCCGCACUCGCCGCCCUCUACAAGCCCAAUAGCACCAGCAUACCGUCGUCUGCUUCUGCACUCAACUCCCCGCUCCUCCAACACACGCGCAACAUGCACUCCAAGCUGGUCAUAAUAGGCUCCGGCCCCGCAGGCCACACUGCCGCCAUCUAUGCUGCCCGAGCAGAUCUGAAGCCCGUCAUGUACGAGGGCUUUCUUGCCCUUGGAAUUGCUGCUGGCGGACAAUUGACCACCACCGAUGAGGUCGAAAACUUUCCCGGCUUCAAGAUGAUCAAGGGCACUACGCUCAUGGACCAAAUGCGCGCGCAAAGCGAAGAGUGCGGAACAGAAAUCAUCAGCCAGACUGUUGGCAAGGUCGACCUCAGCCAAAGGCCUUUCAAGUACUGGUUGCACCCCAUGGGAGACGAUGAGAACUUGGAAGAGGAAACACACACCACCGACAGUAUCAUCAUUGCGACGGGUGCCAAGGCGCGAAGAUUGGAUCUGCCCGGUGAAGAGAAGUACUGGGGGAAUGGCGUGUCGGCAUGCGCAGUCUGUGACGGCUCAUUGCCAAUCUUCCGCGAAAAGCCCUUGGUGGUCAUUGGAGGUGGAGAUAGUGCGGUAGAAGAGGCCUUGUACCUGACCAAGAAGGCUAGCAAGGUUUACGUCCUCGUGCGAAGAGACCAGCUCCGUGCCAGCAAGACCAAUGCACGCAGACUUACCACUCACCCUAAGGUUGAGGUCAAGUGGAAUACGCAAGGUGUGGAGAUCAAAGGAGACGAAGGUCCGCGAGGACUAAUGAAGAGCAUGGUCGUCAAGAAUAACAAGACUGGCGAGACCGAGGAGAUCCAAGCCAAUGGACUUUUCUACGCUGUCGGCCACGAUCCAGCAACUCAGCUAUUCAAGGGACAAGUCAAGAUGGAUGAGGACAACUACAUUAUCAACACUCCUGGCACUACAAAGACGAGCGUGGAGGGUGUUUUCGCCGCCGGUGAUGUGCAGGACAAGCACUACCGGCAGGCUGUGACAUCAGCAGGCACCGGCUGCAUGGCCGCGCUCGAGGCUGAGAAGUGGCUUGCCGAGAAUGUCGACGACGUUCCGAACGGUGUUGAAGCCGACAACGUGGCGAAGAGACCAAUCAAUGGUGAAGCGCCCGAAUAUCGAUCGAACCCACUAUUGUAAGGCAAGCGGCCCCUAGAUUUUGGACCCCAAGAGAGGCUCACAUCAAGCUCCCAGGACGGAUCGUCCGAACAAGUCAGCAUAAAGAGAUGCGAUACGGAGACUGCAUGAGCGUAUAUACCCUGAUAGACUUACAACACCCGCUUCGGAUGUUUUUUUGCAUGAAUUGGUCAGAACGCUGCUCGCGCAUUUCAAGCGAAACGGGGACGUCCCCAAAUCCUAUACCGUUAUCUAUUGACCUCAUUGGAUCCAGCUUGAGUCAUGACUUCGUGCUAAUUUGAACUUUCAGCGGCGAAUGUCAUGCUCUGCCAGAGUGGGCUGGCGAAUACAACAUCACAUCCUCCAAAGCAAGGAAUUCUGUACAGAAUA